GACUUGGCGGGGCUUGUCCAAAGCAUGCGCAAGGGCGAGCAAGGAACAGGCUUCCAACGGGCUGGAUGAAAUGCAGACUGCCUACACAAAUGGCAAAGACAAGGAGACCUAUGACAACGUGAAGGGAAUUCCGCAGCCAGGGGUGUGGCCAUCGGGCAAGAAGCCGCCGUUUAGGCUCUCGAUCGCCGGAAGCUGGAACAGCUUUAUGCCGGACGCCAUGGAGUGGGAGGAUGGUUUGUUUGUGUUUCCAAUGGAAAUUGGUGACGAUGGUUGGGACUGCUUCCAACUUCUGGAAAAUGGUAGUUGGGACCGUGUCAUCUAUCCCAGCAUCGAUGAGGCGGGCGCAGAGGACAAGUACACUGUCUGUGGUCCUGAUGACUCCGGGCAAAAUCGGAGCUGGCAGAUCGGGAAAAGCGAGACCGAGGAGGCCACCCCAGGAUCGCACUUUGUCGUCUGCGUGUCACUGGACGACAAGGGUAAAGUCAGCCGGGUGUCAUGGGAGAAACUUUAA